AUGUCCGCAGUUGCAAAGUUAACGAUACCAGAGUCUUCAUACAACUUAGCUUCGUAUAAUCUACUGUCUCCCAAAUCUAAAUCCCAACUCCUAAUCUAUUUAAUCAAACUUACCCAUGGUGCCUCCGUGUCACUCAUAAUUGCUUAUGCUGUGGGGUUCCUAAUCCUCAAACCAUUAUUGGAGCAGACUGCUAGUCGAAGAUUAGACUUGCUCGAAUGUGUGCGUGGAAAUCUUCGUGAAUUUUAUUUGAAGGCAAUCACCAAGAUCAACUAUGUCCCCAUAGUUGCAAUCAGGCGCCAGAACAAGCUUUUAGCGGAUGCUGCUGUUCAAACCGAAUCAACGGGAAGCAAAGAAGAGGGUGAACGCGACCCAUUGAUGCAAAACGAACUACACUCACGCUUAAAGAAAAUAGCCACUUUUCUUCAAGAUAGUGUCAGAAGCUAUUCUAUGGAAGGAAUGAGCAAUUACAGAAGUAUAAACUAUUCGAUUAAGGAUUUCCAAAACAAGGCCGAUUUGGUAUACUUCAAUGAGGAUGACUUUUUCCUUCAAGAUAACGUAUCCAGUAUUUCAAACAGACCAGCUGGAACAAAGACAAGGAAAAAAAACAUCGUAGUGGAAACCAAGAAUGAGAUUAGAAGCAUAAAAGGGUUGUUUAUGAGCGGCCAGAUAUAA